AUGGUUGGGGAUCAGCCUGUAUGUCCAUCUCAGCCCCUGCUGCGGGGCGCUCUGCUGCUGUCUCAGUGUCUGUCCUCCGUCUUCUCCCAGGUCCCGGACCCUGAGCUUUUGCCCACAGAUCCUCCGAAGAAGCCGGACCCCACCACCUCAGAGUCUGUUGUUUUCUGGGGGCUGCGGUUAUGGCAGGUCAUUGCCAUCUUUUCCGUGUUUGUUUUAGCAAUAAUCAUCACUCUGUGUUGUAUAUUCAAAUGUCGAAUUCCAAGAACCAAAAAGGAAAUAGAAGCAAGAAAUGUGCAAAGACAGGCCGCCAAGAAAUACGCUAACACAUUAGAGACAGUGCCACCUCUUAAUGAGCUGACUGAGAUCCCAGGAUCUGCGAAAGUAGAAGAAAAAGAGGAGGUGACAACCGUUUCCGGCAAAGUGGAUGCGGAUAAAGGAGAUAAAAAGACCAAGGAGGGAAAGAAGGAUGGCAAGGCUGCUAAAGGGGGGAAAGAUGAAAAGGAUCCGUCAACAAAGAAGGGUGAAAAAGGUGAAAAGGGAGAAUCCAAGAAAGAAGCUGGUGAUGGGAAAGGAAAGAAAUCUGGAGAGAAGGGAGACAAAGGAGACAAAGGAGAAAAGGGAGGCAAAGGAGGAAAAGCAGGAGAAAAAGGAGGAAAAGCAGGGGCUAAAGGUGGAGCCAAAAAAGCUCAGAAGUGA